AUGGCGGCUCCGCCACCUCCCGCCUUCACGGACGACGACGAGGAUAUGGACGCCGUCGACCUGUCGCUGACGCUCGCUCACACGCCGUGGCCGGCGUCACCGUCGUCUCCUCCGGCUGCUUCAUCCGGCGGUGGCAAUGGCAGUCGCAGUGGCAAUGGUGGUCGUGGUGGCGUGAGGCUGUUCCCCUGCCUCUUCUGCAACAAGAAGUUCCUCAAGUCGCAGGCGCUAGGCGGGCACCAGAACGCGCACAAGAAGGAGAGGAACAUCGGCUGGAACGCGCACCUCUACACCACCCCCAUCAACACCAACUCAGCCGCUCCCAGCAACCACCAGACGAUGUACCCCAUCCAGGUCUCCCACUCCUGCCAGCACCAGGGGUACCCCCACGUCGCCGACGGCGGCUCGCCGGGGGGCAGCUGGUGGCGCGACCAGGACGGCGACAAGAAGCAGCAACAGACGAGGAAGGUCGACCUUAACCUCAAGCUCUAG